AUGAAAAUACAAGGAAGUAUUAAGAAAUUAGAAAAACUAUUAGAAAAUUCAUGCGAUGUGAAUUUUGUGGGAAACUCGAAGUUAGAAAAAGAACCCAAAGAGAAGUCCAAAGUAAGAGACAAGGGUAAAAAUAAACUUCAAGAGUCGUUAUUCAUAAUUCCAGUAAAAAUUGGAAGUAAAGAAAGUAGAGCUUUAAUAGAUACCGGAGCUCAAUGUAAUUUCAUUACACCAGAAUUGGUAGAGAAAACGAAAUUAAGUACAGAGUUAGCACCAGAGGUAGCGUUGACCACAGCUACAGGUGAAGCGAUAAAGGCUAACAAGAAAGUUAAAGUGAAUUUAGAAAUAGGAACGAAGCUUGUAGACGUACAGAUGUAUGUCGCUGCAUUCAAGCAUCCUAUCAUAUUAGGAAGACCAUUUACAAAGCAAUAUAACAAGGAUAUUGUUGAGGAAAAAGUAUUUGGUGUAAGUAAUUGUGCAAAAGAACCCUUAGUAGAAAAGUUUGAAAAGGAGUUGCAGACACAAAAGAUAGAAUAUGUUGAUUCUAAUCAGUUUUUAAGAGAUAUCAGACCAAAAGAGGCAGAUAUAGGAAUGUUUUACAUUACGGAAGAAACUCUAGAAAAAGAUAAGGAAGUACCAGAUUUCGUAAAGUCAGAGUUUAGUGAUGUAGUUACUAAUGAAAGUCCGCAGAGACUACCAGAGUUCAAGAGUGUAACUCAUAGGAUACAUCUCAUACCAGGAGCGAAACCUACGGCAAGACCACCGUAUCGAAUGUCGCAAUAUGAGACAGAAGAAUUAAAGAAACAAAUAGAAGAAUUGUUACAGCACGGUUUUAUUCAGAAGUCGA